AUGGCCUUCGCGAAGAAGCGAAAGGUGGACCAGGAGAAUCGCCAGUUCAAGUCAGACUGGAUAGAACAAUUUUGUUUUAUUUUACCGGAUCGGGCCAACGCCAAGCCGACAUGCUUAAUAUGCAUGAAGACUGUAGCUGUCAGCAAGGCAGAGAACCUCAGGAGGCACUUCAACGCUGUGCAUGCUGCCAGCUUCAAUGCCAGCUACCCUUCCAAAUCAGAUCAACAUUUGAAGAAUGCGGAUUCCAUAUCACUCGCCAUUGACUCUUCCUGUGACCGAACCGAUAUGGAACAGCUGGCUGUGUUCGUGAGAUUUUUCGAUGGGAAGACAUUUCGGGAAGAGCUGCUUUGUUUACUCCCUCUGCCCGGGCACGCAACCGGGGAAGUCAUCUUUAAUGAGCUGACACAGUUCUUUGAGAAGCAUGGCUUGAAUGUACGCAAAAUUGUGUCGGUGGUCACGGAUGGUGCUCCGUCGAUGGUGGGACGUCACAAGGGAUUGGUGAGCAGGCUUUCCGCCGUUAACCCCGCACUCCAGUCAUUUCACUGCAUUAUUCAUAAAUCAGUGCUGUGCGCCAAACUGAGUGAAGAAAUGAGAGAGGUGAUGGAUACUGUGACAAGACUAGUGAACUUUGUUCGUGAGAGCUCUAGUCUGCAACAUCGCCUUUUCAGAGCAUUGCUUGAGGACGUGUCAGCUGAGCACAAGGAUCUUUUGCUGCAUAACAAUGUUCGCUGGCUAAGUAAAGGCCGCGUGUUGGAGAGGGUGUGCGACCUGCGUGAUGAGCUUCUGUCAUUUUUAUCCAGCCUCCAGAGCAAAAAAGCACAAGACUUUCACAGCUUUUUAAGUGACAACAAGGUGAUGGCAGAUGUGAUUUUUUUGUGCGACAUCAUGUCUCAUCUAAAUCACCUUAACCUGCAACUACAAGGCAAGAACCACACUGUUGCUGACAUGUACGAGGCGGUUGAUGCUUUCCGGUCAAAGCUGACCCUGCUGGAGAAAGACAUUCAGGGAAGAAAGUUGCACUUUCCACGUCUACGGGAGCAUUGUGAGAAGAACGAAAUGCAGGAAGAUCCAGCAAUGAGGGAUUUUGUGUUGAGCCUGGCAGAAAACUUCAGGGAACGAUUUGAAAGCUCCCCUAAACUCUCAUGUGACAUCCUCCUCUUCCUGAGACAGCCGUUCUCUGUUUCGGCUGAUGGCGAGUGGACUGCGGAAGCCAAAAGACUGGUGCCUUCUCUAGAUGAGGCAGCUCUUCAGAUGGAGGUCUUGGAGAUGGCAGCAACGGAUUUGCUCAAAGCACAACACAAGGAUGUCGGGGUGAGUGACUUUUGGAUCAACGUGGUUCCCCAACCUCGAUUCCAAAACACCAGAGCUUUUGCAGUGCUCCUACUCACCAUGUUCCCCUCCACAUACAUAUGUGAGUCCUCAUUUUCUUCAAUGAACGCUAUCAAGAGCCAGGACAGAAACAGACUCUCCAAUACACAUCUAGGACAGUGCCUCAGGAUUGCCACAACAGAGUACAAGCCUGACAUCAGAAAGAUUGCCUCGUCCCGCCGCUCUCACUUCUCUCAUUGA